UUUCCCAUGAUGCCGCGCGCAGCAGCUCCAUGUGGAUAUGUCUGGAGAACGUGCGAGUACAUGACAUAAGUCUAUUGAGGAAUGGAGCUCUGCGCGGACUCUCCAUAAACUCACAGCAGACCUUCAAGAGGUGAAUCCUGUCCAGGACCUGUAGGUGGCGCUCUGUUGGUGGGGGAGGUUAUGCAGCGGAUGUGGGCUCCAGUCGCACUGCGGCGUGUGGUCCUGCUGCGCUCGGCGUACCUGGGUCACACCCGGGCUUCGCGGGAGCUUCCUGUGACCGUCCGGACCUCACGCUGCUUCAGUUGCACUAAUGUCAUCAGGACGAAGGAAGGCCCCAAAACGUCCACAGAGGAAGAAACGCCAUUAAACCCUCCACAAAGUCUAGCUGGGACUGAGGGUCUUUUUAAGGGUGAUACGGAGUCUGGCCUUCAGAGUAAGGGUGAUGUCGACCCUCUGCAGGACAAAUCUAUUGGGCUCUUCCAGAGAUUUAAAAAGACAUUUAAACAGUAUGGUAAAGUCAUGGUGCCUGUGCACGUCGUCACGUCCACAGUGUGGUUUGGGAGCUUCUAUUAUGCUGCAAUGAAAGGGGUGAACUUGGUCCCGUUUCUGGAGGUCAUCGGUUUACCGGAUUGGAUGGUGGGAAUUUUGAGAGAUUCCCAGGGUGGCUAUGCACUCACAGCAUAUGCCAUGUAUAAGCUCGCUACUCCUGCCCGAUACACAGUUACACUGGGCGGAACGUCCCUGUCUGUACAGUACCUCCGCAAACACGGAUACCUCUCCACCCCUCCGCCUGUUAAAGGGUACCUGCAAGACAAAAUGGAGGAGACCAGGGAACUACUGACUGAAAAAAUGGAGGAGACGAAAGAGAGGUUUUCAGAGAAGAUGGAGGAAACCAAAGAACUGCUCUCAGAACGAAUGGAGGGGACUAAAGGGCGCUUCUCUGAGACUAAAGACAAAUUUUCGGAGAAACUGCAGGAGACGAAAGACAAAAUGUCUUUUCGUAAGAAAGCCGACUAGGCUGCAUGGUAUGCUGUGGUCCAAUCAAGCCGCCAAGGGAAGAGAAUAAUUUCUAAAACCUAAGUGUAUUGAGGAAUGUUUCACAUGAUCAAUAAUUACUCACAAUGUCACAAAGUGUUUGGUGAUUACUUAAAGGCACAGUUCAACCAAAAAUGUCUGACUGUCUUCUGCAGGACACAAAAGAAGAUAUUUGGGAAAAAUAAUUCUGUCCAUAUA